AUGAAGAAACGAAACAUUGCCAAAUUCCUUCGAAUGUUGCGCAAAGAAGGAGGAGAGAUUUCCUCCUUUUCUUCUUCCUCACUAAUAUCGGAGCAUCCUGUCGUUUCCUCCUCUUCCUCCGCUAAUAUGAAUUCCCUUUGCAAGAAAUCAAUAGUGAAAAUUCAAAAACGAUUGAAAUAUAAAUUUAAUGAUCGGAUAUGGUUGGAACAAGCAUUAACGAGGCGUUCUUUUGUUUUGGAAAGUAUUAGUACUCAAGUGGAUGAACAAGCAAAUCAAAGGUUAGAAUUUAUUGGAGAUCGAGUAUUGGAAUUAGCAGUUGCAAGAAUUCUGUUCGUAAAGAACUCUGGGGAUAACGAAGGAGAAUUGAACACGAAAUUGAAAUAUUGUGUAAAUAAUACAACUCUGGCAACCAUUGCAACACGAUUACGACUUGGAAAAUAUUUAAUUGUUGGAAAAGGAGAGGAGAUGUGUGGAAUUCGUGAAAAUCAAAAGGUUUUAGCUGACACUUUGGAAGCCAUCAUUGGAGCAAUUUAUUUUGACAGCAAUGAAGACAUGAAGAGAGUUUGUAAAUUUGUGGCUCGGCAUUUCAAAACAUAUCUCAAACAGAUACUUGCCUCAAAUUAA